AUGGCCGCUCCAUUCAAGGUGUCUCUGCCCAACGGGUUAAGCUACGAGCAGCCUACGGGAUUAUUCAUCGACAACGAAUUCGUCCCCGCCAGCGGCGAAAAGUUCACCGUUUACAAUCCCACCAAUAACGAGGAGAUUGUCACCCUCCAAGGCGCAUCGGAGCAAGACGUAGACAAAGCUGUAGCCGCUGCCCGCCGUGCGUUUGAUGGCGAAUGGUCCGACCUCGCAGCUGUCGAUCGAGGAGCCUUGAUCUAUAAGCUUGCGGAAUUGAUUAACAGGGAUUUGAAGUUGUUGGCAAGCAUUGAUUCUUGGGACAAUGGCAAGUCCAUCACCGACGCUACAGGGGAUCUUACAGAAAGCUACAAUGUCUUCCGAUACUAUGCCGGUGCUGCGGACAAGAUCACGGGCAAGACAAUUGAGACGUCACCGAAGAAGCUAGCCUACGUCUUGCAGGAGCCUCUCGGUGUCUGCGGCCAGAUUAUACCUUGGAAUUAUCCCUUUAUGAUGCUUGCGUGGAAGGUCGCCCCAGCUCUUGCAUGCGGAAAUACCAUCGUACUCAAGCCUGCAGAGCAAACGCCUCUCUCAGCUCUAUACUUUGGCAAGCUCAUUGUCGAGGCUGGCUUCCCGCCCGGGGUGGUCAACAUCAUUCCCGGUCUUGGAUACAUCUCGGGCAAGGCUCUUGCAAGUCAUAUGGAUGUCGACAAGAUUGCCUUUACUGGCAGCACCGCCACCGGACGGUCCGUCAUGAAGUCUGCCAGUAGCAACCUGAAGAACAUUACCCUGGAAUGUGGCGGCAAGAGCCCGAGCAUUGUGUUUGAUGAUGCGGAUCUUGAUCAGGCCGUCAAGUGGUGCCACAGCGGCAUCAUGGACAACAUGGGUCAGGUGUGCUGCUCGACUUCGCGAAUCUAUGUGCAAGACACCAUCUACGAGGACUUUCUCGCCAAGUUUACCCAGAAGACCAAGGACGGCGCAACAAAGAUUGGCGACCCCUUCCACGAGGACACUUACCAAGGACCCCAAGUUUCCAAGGCGCAAUUUGACAAGGUCUUGGGCUACAUCGAGGACGGCAAGAAAGCCGGCGCCCGCGUCCUGCACGGCGGUGCGAAGCAUGGCGACAAGGGUUUCUUUGUCCAGCCCACAGUCUUUGCCGAUACCACUGAGGACAUGAGCAUCGUCAAGGAGGAAAUUUUCGGCCCCGUUGUCGCAAUCUCCAAGUUCAGCACCGAAGCCGAAGUCAUCGCCAAGGCAAACGACACUUCAUACGGCCUGGCCGCCGCAGUCUUUACGGAGAAGCUGUCAAAGGCGCAUAAGGUUGCUCGCAAGCUGCAGGCCGGAAUGGUGUUCGUCAACUCGUCGGGCGACUCGCAUUUUGGCAUUCCAUUUGGCGGCUAUAAGUCGUCCGGCAUCGGCAGAGAAUUGGGACAGUAUGCGCUGGACGCGUACACGCAGUCCAAGGCCGUGCAUGUGAAUCUGGGUACAGAGUUGUAG